UACUUUUAAAAGCACUUUUUUGAAUCGAGCCGUUUGUAUUGCACUUAUUGAACUCUGAUAACGAAGAGCUUCUUCUUAACGAAUAUUCUUUCUUCUCAGAACAUGAUUUAUAUUGUAAAUCGCGUUCAGUCGCUUUGCUGGCAAUGUGGCGAGAAGUUAUAAUAAUCAGCUCCUGUUUCUGGACGCUUGCUGAGGCGGGAGCGCCAUGUGGGCUCCAGAUGAUGUGCGUGCCCAAAGGACUCUGCAAGUCGGACACCUCGAAUCAAAGUGCUAUGGCUUGGCAGAUAUUGUGCCAGAAAUCGGAAAGCUGCUGUCACACUUCCCAACUGUUACUUAUCGGCUCUCCGAGUAACUGCGGCAUAAGUAAUCCCAAUGGCCUGGACGCCCAUGCAGAUGUGGCCGCUGAUCAGGCGAAACCCAAUCAGUUCCCUUGGACCGUAGCUCUGAUGCAAGACAGGGUCACCUUUUUUGGCGCUGGAACUCUGGUCACCGAAAACGUAGUGAUAACCGCCGCCCACCUGAUGCAAGGGAAGACCGUCAACGACUUUGUGAUCGUCGGCGGUGCAUGGGACUUGACCAAGCUGUUCGAGAAAAAGAUUGUAUUGCGAGCUGCGGCCAGGAUUGUGGUGCAUCCGGGCUUCAAUAUCUUAACCGGGGUCAACAACAUAGCACUGAUCGUCCUGGCUGCUUCGUUUGGGAUAAGGCCCCACAUAGCGCCCAUCUGCUGGCCCACUCCCGGAGUGUCAUUCGACCAGGAACGCUGCCUGGUGGCCGGUUGGGGCCAGCGGAAUCCCCACGCCACAACCUAUACGCAAAAGCAGAAGAAAAUCGAGCUGCCCAUCCUGAGCAGGCCCGUUUGCGAGGACCUCUUGCGCAGUACGCGUCUGGGCGGGAGUUUCUCGCUGGACCCCAGUUUGCUUUGUGCCGGCGGCGAGAAGGGGCGAGAUGCCUGCCGGGGCGACGGUGGAUCCCCGCUAAUGUGUCCCAUUCCCGGGCAGCCGGCGCUCUACGAAUUCGUCGGCAUUGUGAACAGCGGCUUGUCCUGCGGGCAGCAGAAUGUGCCUGCCUUCUACACGAAUAUCUCCCACAUGAGGCCAUGGAUCGAGAGGCAUCUCAAUGACGAGCUCAAUAAGCCGUACAAGACUUUUCCGAUAUACACGUAUGACUGAAAUAAAAG